UACAGACAGAGACUGCCUGAGCUACAGCCAGCGACUGCCUGAACUACAUUUAGCAACUGCCUGAGCAACAGUCAAAUACUGCCUGAUCUACAGACAGUGACUGCCUGAGCUCCAUCAAGCGCCCGUCUCUGGGUGAAGCCACGGGGCCAUGGCGAGUGCAGCUCCCAGUGAUAGCGAGGCUCCAGGGGAGUUGACCUGCCCCAUCUGCCUGGACGCCUUCCGCUGCCCCUGCACGCUCAGCUGCGGCCACUCGUUCUGCCUCGAGUGCGUGGAGGGCGCCUGGGAUGUGGCCAAGUCCUUCUCCUGCCCACAGUGCCGAGUGACCUUCCCUCGGAGGCCCAAGUUGAACAAAAGCGUGACGCUCACCAACCUCAUCGAGCAGCUGCUAGUGGCUGAGCCCAUGGCUGCCGAUGCUGCUGCUUCUGCUGUUUGCUGCGAUCAUUGCAGGAAGCCCGCAGUGAAGACUUGCCUCAAGUGUGAUACGUCGUUCUGUAUGACCCACGUCGCGCCGCACCAGAAGUUGGCAAAGUUUAGUGACCACGUCCUCGUGUCGCCCGGUGUGAACCUGGAGAAUCAACGGUGCGUGGAGCACGGAGACAAGUACCGCUUCUACUGCGUUAACGACGGACGCCUCGUCUGCAGGGACUGCACCGUCACUGUGAAUCAUCGAGGCCACGAGCUGGUCACUCUGAAGGUGGAGCACGACAAACGAAAGAAACAAGUGGGAGAGGAGACACGGGCGGUGGAGGAGAAGAGGAGGGAGGCGGAGGAGUCCGUUAGGCAGAUGGAGGCAGCUCUCAGGGACGUGCAGGGAUCCAUGACAGAUGAAAAGGCCUCAAUCUCGGUCAGAUUCACCCACGCGAGAGCAGCGUUGGAUGUGGAGGAGAAGGCGGCUUUAGAGCAAGCGGAGCAGAAAGGGCGUGAGCUGCUGUCCCAGAUCGAGAAGAAGAUCGCUCGCUACCAGCGCAACAUCAGCGAGCUCCAGGCAGCAGCCACUCGCCUGCAGGUCCUAGCGCAGGAGAGGGACUCGCUCGCGUUCCUGCAGGGGCACCUGGAGGAGAUGCGCAGGUAAAAGACGACUAUCACUCACGACUCGACACACGACAACAUGGGAGUGUAGGGCGCAGACCGUGAGACACUGGCUGUGUGUGGGGAUGCUGUUUGUUGUCAUGGUUUGUGUGGUUAUGGUGUGUGUAGUGAUGCUGUGUGUGAUGAUGGUGUCUAUGAUGAUGUUGUGUGAUAAUGCUGCGUGUAAUGAUGGUGUCUGGUGAUGCUGUGUGUAAUGAUGCUGUCUGAUGGUGCUCUGAUGUUGCUGUAUGUGAUGAUGCUGUGUGUGGUGAUGAUGUGCAUGAAGCUGUGUGGUUAUAGUAAUUCUGUGUGGUGAUGCUGUAAUUGUGAGAUGAGUGAUGAUGCUGUGUUAGAUGAGUGCAUGUCUGAUGGAGCGGUGAUGAUCCCACGCGUGAUAAUGAUGUGAUAAGUGU